UGUCUCUGUGUGCUCUUCAAUUGCAUUUAUAAACAAGAUCUUCUUUUAAUAUAAAUAUAUUUCAGUCUUGUUGACUUUGAUCUAUUCUCAGAAAUAAUGGAAUUUGUGAUGGGACCUGGCGGUAAUUCAGGUGAUGAACAAGAAGCUCCCAAUUCUCUCAAAGGAAAAAAGACUUACCAUCGCCACACCCCUCACCAAAUUCACAUUCUUGAAGCGUUUUUCAAGGAGUGUCCACAUCCCGAUGACAAUCAACGGCGUCAAUUAGGCAGGGAACUGGGUCUCGAUCCUAGGCAGAUUAAGUUUUGGUUUCAAAAUAAGAGAACCCAAACAAAGGCUCACAAUGAAAAAGCCGAUAACUCAGUUCUUCGGGCGGAAAAUGAAAGAAUCCAUGCUGAAAACGCAGCCAUCAGAGAUGCCCUAAGGAACGUGAUUUGCCCAACAUGCGGCGGACCUCCCUUUGGAGAAGAAGAACGUCAACUUUGCCUACAGAAUUUGCACUUGGAGAACGCUCACUUGAAAGAAGAGCAUGAAAAGCUAUCCAUCCUUCUUGCAAAAUACAUAGGCAAACCAAUUCCGAAUAUUAAUGCAUCGAUGCCUGUCGCUGGAUCAACAUUUGAAGCUUCCUCGCAACCAAAAUUUCAAAAUCAAGCAAAUCUUAAUGUUGGUUCAGCGCCAUUGGACAAUGUCUCUUUGCCAUUUCAAUUUAAGGGAAUUACAGAUGUGGAGAAGACAUAUAUGAUAGAGACUGCAUCUAAUGGAAUGGAUGAAUUGAUUAGGCUUCUUCGAAUCGAUGAGCCUCUGUGGAACAAGUCUUUAACUGAUGGAAAAUAUGUAAUGAAUCGUGAGGGUUAUGAUAAGAUUUGCGUUAGGGCUAGUCACUUUAAGAGUUCAAGUGCUCGCUUUGAGUCAUCAAAGGAUUCAAGACUUGUGAAUAUGAAUGGGAUACAAUUGGUUGACAUAUUUUUUGACUCGGGCAAAUGGGUGGAUAUGUUUCCAACAAUUGUGACAGAAGCAAGGACGAUACAAAUUCUUGAAGAAGGGUUGACAGCAAGUAGGAGUGGUUGCUUGCAGUUGAUGUAUGAGAAAAUGCACAUUCUGUCUCCCUUGGUGCCACCUCGAGAGUAUUAUUUCCUUCGCCAUUGCCAGCAACUUGAACAAGGGCUGUGGGUGAUAAUGGAUGUGUCUUGUGAUUGGCCGCAUCAAGAAAAUAUUUCACAUUCUCGUUGUUGGAGACUUCCUUCUGGUUGCAUGAUUCAAGAGAUGCCUAAUGGCUGUUCAAAUGUUACAUGGGUAGUACACGUGGAAGUUGAUGACAAAAGCCAAACUCAUCGGCUUUAUAGAGACCUCAUUUGUGGCAGUUCUGCAUAUGGAGCUGAAAGGUGGGUUGUUACCCUUCAAAGGAUGUGUGAAAGACUAGCUUUCUCCAUGGAUGAAACCAUGCCUAUUCAUGAGGUCGGAGGAGUGAUAAGCUCUCCUGAAGGAAGAAGGAGCCUAAUGAAGCUAGGGCACAGAAUGGUGAAGAAUUUUUGUGGGAUUUUAAACAUGUCUGGCAAACUAGAUUUUCCUCAGCUUUCUGAAGUAAACAACAGUGGUGUUAGAGUUGCUGUUCGUCAAAACAUGCAAGAAGGCCAGCCCAUUGGAACCGUCGUCAGUGCUGCUACUUCUCUCUGGCUUCCUCUCCCCCCACAGCACAUCUUCAAUAUUUUAAAAGAUCAAAAAAUGCGAGUGCAUUGGGAUGUUCUUUCGAACGGAAAUCCUGCACAUGAGAUAGUACAUUUCUCAAAUGGUGUUCACCCGGGGAACAGUACAUCCAUUGUCAGGCCCUUCGUGCCCACAGAGAACAACAUGUUGAUGCUUCAAGAGAGUAAUAUAGACGUUUUGGGGGCAAUGCUUGUUUAUGCUCCAAUAGACAUACCAUCACUGAAUCUUGUGAUAAGUGGAAAAGAUUCUUCAGAGAUUCAGAUACUUCCUUCUGGUUUUAUAAUCUCAGGAGAUGGGCGUCCAGAAAACAAUAAUGGAGCUUCAACUGGUUCAAAAUCUGGAAGCCCAGGUGGUGGAAUUAGUGCUGGCGGUUCACUUCUCACAGUGGCUUUUCAGAUAUUGGUUUCAACUUCAAAGGAGGUCAAUGUGGAAUCAGUUGCUACUGUCAACACCCUUAUCAGCUCUACUGUUCAGAGGAUAAAGGCCACUUUGAAUUGCGCUAACUUGAAUUGACCUCGCUGCCAGUCCUCAAUGUAAACUUGACUCUCGGGGAAAGUUUUUGGUAUGAUUAUACAGUCAGUUGCCUAUUUAACUGGGAUUUGAAAACCUUGAUUUAUGGUUUUCAGCUGCUCUUAUAUGCGUUUGUAAGAAUUUCAAGGCUCUUUCAGAAUUACCAGUCUCUGGUCAGUUGA